AUGCCCUCGUUCGACUUGGGCGAAUCAAUUCCCCCUGACACGGCUCAUGCCGUCAGUGUGUCUCUGCCAACAUGGAGAUCAAAUGUGGGUUACGAAGAAGGCGAGCGGUGGGUUGUAGACAAGAUGACCACCGGUUACCCCAGAUUCUUCGUCCAUCGAAGCAUUGCCAGCUUUGCUAAGGACAUUGCUGAGAAAUAUGGAAAACCCGGCCAGCAAGCCAUGCUCUUCCCACUCCCCUCCGUGGCCAAGAGGUGUCUCGAGUUCAUGAAGCCCCGGGUCUCCUCACCCGCAGUCUUCUCAGAGAUCUCGAUAGUAGACCUCUCUCUCGACCCGUCUCAAGAAGUCUCGCCCAUGCUGCGAAAACUAUCACCCACAAUCUCAGCCGUUGUCUACCCAGAUGAAUGCCAACCUAUUGCCAAGCAGUACUGGCAACACACCGGUGACGGUGUCUCCAGCCGGAGAGCUGAAUUCUGCCACGACCUUUUCAAGAGCGAACUUCUCAUCCCAACCUCCUCACCCAGUGUCCGAACUCCUCCCCAAGAACCAGCCACCCCUCGGCCCUUCAAGGGCCCCAGACGCUACCAGCGACCCGGUUCCAUCGACGGCAUCAAGAAACCCCCCUCCCCGCCUGCAUCCGCGGGACUAAACGGCAACGGCAACUCCAUCAACGAGUCCCAGGAGAGCUCUCGCUUCGUCGAGGAGCGCUUCGGGCGCAACCUCGACCUCUCGCUCGUCGAGCGCGCCAAGUCCGCCAUCAGGAGACGCAUCGCCGGCGCCGUCGCCGCCGACCUCCCGGACCAGGCCCUCCCCGCGGGCGUCAACAUCGGGCCCAACUCCCGCGGCCUCCACACCCUGCGCGAGAACGACGUCUAUCUCUUCCCCGCAGGGAUGAACGCCAUAUUCAACGCCCACCGCGCCCUCCUGGCCGCCGCAGGCGAUGCUCCAAAGAAGAGCAUCAACCUGGGCUUCCCCUACGUCGACACCCUCAAGAUCCUACAAAAGUUCGGUCCCGGGUGCGUUUUCUACGGCAACGGCUCCGACGAGGACCUCGACGACCUCGAGGACCGCCUGCGCAACCGGGGGGAGCGUUUUCUCGGCCUCUUCUGCGAAUUUCCCGGGAACCCCUUGCUCAAGUGCCCGGACCUGGCCCGCAUCCGCCGCCUCGCCGACGAGUUCGGCUUCGCCGUCGUCGUCGACGAGACCAUCGGUACCUUCUCCAACAUCAACGUCCUGCCCGCCGCCGACAUCGUCGUCAGCAGCCUGACCAAGAUCUUCUCGGGCGCCUCCAACGUCAUGGGCGGCAGCGCCAUCCUGAACCCCGAGGGCAGGCACUACGAGUCACUAAAGAGGGCCAUGGAGGACAACUACGAGGACACGUACUGGCCCGAGGACAUCGUGUUCAUGGAGCGGAACAGCCGCGACUUCUUGGACCGCGUCGACCGCAUCAACGCCAACGCGGAGGCUAUCUGCGACGUGCUGCGCUCGCACCCAGCCGUCAAGGCCGUCUACUACCCCAAGCACAACCCCACCAAGCCCUACUACGACGCCUACCGGCUCCCCAACGGCGGCUACGGCGGCCUCCUCUCCGUCGUCUUCCACCACCCUCCCCAGGCGGUCGAGUUCUACAACACCAUGGAGAUCGCCAAGGGCCCCAGCCUGGGGACCAACUUCACCCUGGGCUCCCCGUAUGUCCUCCUCGCCCACUACGGCGAGCUGUCCUGGGCCGCCGAGUAUGGCGUCGACCCCGAUCUCGUCCGGCUGAGCGUUGGCCUGGAGGAGACGUCUGAUCUGGAGGAACGGUUCCGCAAGGCCCUUGCAGCAGCGGAGAACGCCUCGACGGGGACCGGAUCUGACGCCCCGGCGCAAUGA